AAGUGAACUGAAUUGCUGCAUUUACAUUUAUACAGAAUGUGGCUGGAUUUCAGCCCAUUACAAAUGGGAACAUUCCUUUUCCACACCAAAGACUGACACUUUCACUCUCUUCUGAUACACCUACAAGGGAAGAAAAUUUAAGCAAGAACAUGUAUAGUGAAUUGUUAAAUUCAACCAGUACCAGUGAAGCUCACCUAAUCAUUCAGACCAACACACCGUACCUGAACAGCACACAGAGACCAGUAAGCUCCUCCGCGUUUUAUAUGUCAACAGCAAGGGUGUUAAAAGAAGGGGAAAUAAAUAAGCCAGAUCUGGUGACUUACAUUGUUCUGUUUUUCUUCCUGCUUUUGACUGUGAUAAUAAUUGUGCUCUUUAUUAACUGUCAGUUGAAAAAUUCUUUUUUUGCUACUCUACCUUAUGACAGAUCACUCAGAGAAGCACGGAGUACAUGGAGGACACAAGCUGUCUAAAACCAGAAAGGGGAAGCCUUGUUUAAUACAGUUUUGCUUUGAUAUAUAGCACGAGCAUGAGCCAGAAAACCUGUGCAAUCAAAUGUUAUUUCCUUACGCUGUUAGGUGGAUCCAAUCCCCUUUUAAAUAAUA